UGUGCUUCAAUCAAGGCAAAUUGAGAAGUUGGAAUUGGUCAUUUCGGAGCCAUGGUUUCCACCUGUGCCAUUUCGGCCACUCGAGCUCCACUGCACAUUGCUGCCUUUGGGACUGGGAGGCUUCUCGAUGCCAGCUACAAGCGGACUGCCCUCAAGUGCGGCAUUGCCGUCGACAAAAGCCAGGCCACUGAUCUCUGGGACUUCCCCAUUGAGCGUGCAAGGCUCCGCCGUGUCAAGCUGAGUGUCGCCCUUAGCGCCGCUCUUGUGAUGGCCUAUGGCUGGCUUGUAGAGGCUCGCGUACACAUGGCAGGCCCCUUGGUCGUGCAGUUUUUCACCUGCCCCUCUCUACAGCUUCUUUUUACUUCGUUAAACACUCUGAUCGUUGACAUACAUCCAGACUGCCCUUCGACGGCCCAGGCUGCCUGCAAUUUUGUCCGAUGCGAGAUAGCCGCGAUUGUCUCGCGGGAUUGGACGUAUCACUGCGAACCCUCGGCUCAGGAUGGGCUUUCGUCGUCUUCGGCACGGGCCUCCUCCUGUAACUCGAAGUGCAAGAAUGGAAUUUUGUUGUUUGAGACAGCCCGCGCCUUGGAGCCACACCUGCCCAGCCAGCCACAUCUACAUCCCGUCUUGGUACCGAUUGAUGAGCCAGUUGAGCUUAUUGAGCAUGAUCCUUCGGGUCUCCGCCCCAGGGAAAUGCGCCGAGUUGAUCAGCAGCGUCUCGACAGAAUAGAGACGAUUCCUAUCGUCAACCUCAUUAUUCGGCUCGAUCUUAUCAAUGUGUUUGAAAUAUUCGUCCCGUAUCAUGGCAAGGCCACCGCGUGGACGUCAGCCAGCGCAAGUGCCGUGGAUGAUGAUGGGGCAACGGAGCCGACCUGGUGGUGGUUGGCUGAUACGAUACGCCAAGCCACAUCUGAGGCACAGGAAGGCCUCAACUGCAAACCUCGGAUCAUCGACAACCACAGCGUACGACAAGUCCGCAAGUCCAGAAGCAGUGAUCUUGCCCAAGCCGAGGCGGGCUGGGCACAGAUGUCGAAACAUCCCGAAGGCCGUCGACACGACAGCCUAACGGACGCGGGAAGCAUCCGCGCGUCGACGAGACAUUCUGCAUCAGAGAGCGAUAUCUCAACACCAGAUAGCCAUCGCCGGACCGUUUCCAACACUUCAGACGGCCAGCAGCGGCCGCCGGCGCCAUCCAACGUUCACGCAAAGCUCCAAACACCGCCACCGUCGUCUUCACGCCAAGAACUACAAACGGAGGACCACAUCAAGGAUCCCCUCGGCCUCACCACGUUGCACACCCCCGAAGGCGAGCGAGAGGUGGACAUUGUCUUCCUACACGGGCUUGGCGGGACCAGUCGUCAGACAUGGUGUCACGGUCAGGAUAUAGACAAAUUCUGGCCGCAGCUGUGGCUUCCACUGGAUCUUCCCACCGCCCGCGUGCUCACCUUCGGCUACAACGCGAAUUACAAUGCCACAUCUGAGUGGACAGCAACUGGCAUUGGAGACUUUGCCACCGAUUUCCUGUUCCGCAUGAAAUAUACAGAGACCACUCCCGAGCGCCUGGGCCAGGUCCCCAUCAUCAUCGUGGCUCAUUCUAUGGGGGGCUUGGUCUUCAAGAAAGCAUUUGCCGAGGGCCACUCGGGCGACCAGUACAAGAGCAUAGUGUCCAUAAUCAAGGGGGUCGUCUUUCUUGCCACGCCUCAUCGUGGCAGUGAUCUUGCCAAAUACCUGGACAGGUUUCAACAGGCAUGCAGGUGGUUCGGUCGCCCUUCGCGCAAGUACAUCACGGAGCUCGCGCAGAAGAGCCCAACGAGUAACGAGAUAGACGAGGCGUUCAGGCGCUAUGCUUCGAAGCUUAUGAUUUUCUCCUUUUAUGAGGCGCUUCCCACUCGUCUUGCCCUCCUAAGCUCCGUCCUGGUUGUCACACGAGAGUCGGCUACACUGGGUCUCCCGAAAGAAGAACCGAGUUCGCUCAACGCCAACCACCUCGAUAUGUGCAAGGUUACUAGCCCCACAGAUCCCAACUACGUUUCUGUCCGUGCCGCACUCCGCAAAAUCGUCGCUAUGUCAUGGCCGGCACCUGUCCAGGGAGGGGAAAGCCUGGAGGAGGACAUUCCGCACUUGGCAGAUUUGCUAGGCAUUGCUGGACCUCCGGACGAGGAUCUCGCCUCACACCGCGCGAUCCGCGCGCAGGGCACCUGCUGA